AGUCUGCACCCAGACCACGUUCCAAUCGCUCAGUCUGGCUGCACCACAUUAAAAACCAACAUUCUUCCUCUUCUUUCUGCCAGUCCAAGCUGCACCGUCACUGUCCAGCUCGCAGCAACCCUCAAGGACCUUGUGGCACACGACUUCCCUGAUUGUUGGUCAUCUCUUUUGGAUGACGUGAAAAGGCUCUUGGGAAGUGGAGAUGUGAGAGAAGCAGGGGCUGGUGUUGUAGCUGCACUCGAGUGUAUUAGAGCGUUCAGAUUCCGUCAAAAAGCCAAUGUCUUGCCAGGAAUUAUUGCCACUCUUUUCCCUACCCUUGUCACUAUCGCUGAUGGCAUGCUCAAUACCUCCCCAUCCCAACCCGCGUCCCAGGACAUCCCUGCCAUGCUGCACCUGAUUCUCAAGACGUACAAAACUGCAAUCAUUGUCAACCUUUCCCCACACCAGCAGAGCCCAGAAUCACUUGUUUCCUGGGGAAGACUCUUGUUCCGCGUCAUGGGGAUGGCUGUCCCUGCGGGAAGGCGUUUCAACUGA